AUGACAACCGUUGAAGAAAACAUAGAAGAACUACAACUACAAAAAGCUAUUCGUCGAUUAAUCAAAAAACUUGAUAAACGUUUGAUUCCUUUUCUCAUGUUACUAGAAUUUUCUGCGUUCGGCUCUGAAAUGAUUACAGGGCAUACAGAACUAACCACAUUGAAAGCUGACCUCAACUUAUCUCCAGAAGAAGAGAGUUUGGGCGUUACUUUGUUAUAUGCAGCCUAUGCACUAUUUGGAAUUCCUAGUUUUAUUCUAUUACGUUUUCUGGGUACGAAAAUUUACUUAUCACUAUGCAUGAUCUUAUGGGGAGCAAUUAUGAUUGGUACGGCUUUUGUAAGAAAUGUAAAACAAUUGUUUGUUGUCCGUUUUCUUCUGGGGAUGGUCAUAUCAGCACAUUUUUCUGGUCUUACCAUUUAUCUUUCUCUAUGGUACCGAAAAGCUGAGCAAACAAUGAGAAUCUCGUUCUUCCAUGCAGGUGCUAUUCUUGGUUGUAGUUUCGGAGCGAUCAUGUCAUACGGAAUCACUAAAAUCAGCAGUAUUGUUGGUCUGAAAGACUGGCAAUGGAUCUUCAUGUUUGAGGGUUUACCCAUAACUGUACUGGGUAUUAUUAUUUACAUUUUUCUCGGCAACAUCCCAGAAACUGUCCAAUGGUUAAACAAUUGCGAGAAAGAACUUCUGACAAAUAUUCUUCGAGAGGAUGCGGGUAAGGCAAAUGGCGAACCGAAUUCUGAUUCUUGGAUUUCAUGGCGACAAGUAAAAUAUGCGCUUACUGAUCGACGAAUUUAUCUUCACAUGUUAAUCGGCAUUGGCAAUGUGACUCCUAUUUUAUGUUUUACGUUAGCCCUACCGUCAUUGCUUCAUGGUAUCAACGCAUCGGCGCCUUUAACUCAUUUGAUGGUAGCACCUAUGUAUGUUAUUGCUUGUGCAUCUUGUUUAGUGGGAAGUUAUUCAUCGUCACUUCAUAAUGAACACGGUUUACAUACUGCCACCUGUUUAUUUAUUUCUUUGAUUGGUUUCAUUAUACUGAUAUUCGUAGGCGAUCAGAGUAAAAUAGCAAUCUAUAUCAGCAGCUGCAUUGCUUGUUGUGGUAUGUAUACAGCAUUUCCAAUAGCCUUAAGUUGGUUGACGAAAAAUGUUGGUGGUCAUACGAAACGAGCCAUGGCUAUCUGUUGUGUCCAUGCUGUAGAUCAUUUAGGUGGAGUUUUAAAAUUUGUAGUAUAUCCUGAAGUUGAUAAGCCAAUUUAUCGAAAAGGACAUUCGAUUUGUGCAGGAGUCACUGCAGUUGCUUUGUUGAGUACUUUUAUUUUACGUCGAAGCAUGAUGAAAGAAAACCAACGACGACAAUUUCUAUCAGUAGAUGAAUAUCGUAGAGAAGUAGCUGUUGAAGAGCCAUGCGACAAACAUCCAGAUUUUCGAUACGUGCUAUAA